CGGGGCGGUCAAGUGUUGCUGCAACCGUCCGGUGCAGGGCUGUGCGGCGAUUCCGGAGUAGCGGCUCAUUGCUGCCCCCCCGUCCCCGAUUUAAAAUCUAUUGAUCUUUGAUAACAUGAUCAACGUCAUGACUGCUGUCACUGUCCUCUACCUCCAGUAGUGGCUGUUUCUCUUUGGUCUGAAAUACACUUGCAGAUUGGCAUGAAAGAUGGAGAGUUCAAAUACAAUCAUCCACAAGCCUUUGAGAGCAAGAAAAACAAUGACUCCAAGUAGUCGAAAACAAGUGGAAAUGCUGAGUAAAACAAAGAAUAUUUCAGGACAAGGAAAGAUUCUAAACGGCUUGCAUACUGAGGAUCACCAUGUUCAGUUAAAUACGGUGGACAUAAACUGCAGAAGUAAUGAUUCUGUAAAAGGAAGCUCACUAACUGAAUCAAAAACAGAUACGUUCCCUGAAAAAAGUGAAAUGUUACCUCAAAAAUUAACAGCCUCAAUACAGGGGUUCAGUGUUAACUCAAAAGUAAAUGAAGAAGUAAAACAAUGUUCUCAUGACAAAAAUUUUGAUCAAAACUGUCAAGAAGAAUCCCAAGAGCCUCCCCACGAGAAAUCUUGUAACAAAAACUCUGAUGCAAAACAGUUUCUAAAUGCUGGGUGUUUACAAGAUAUACUGCAUAAAUGGUAUGAAAAUGAACUAAAUACACCAUCCUCCAAGCCAGUUGAAGUGCAUUUGUAUUCAAAACCAAAUAACCUACCUGUUGACCAGUUAAAAGAGAAUGCUUGUUUAAACGAUCCAGUUAACAGUGAUUCUGGGGAUGAAAAAAGAACUAACAAGAUUAUUCCUAUUUUAGAAAAGAUAGACACAACAACAGAAAUAAAUAGUGCAAUAGAAGAGGUUAUUCCCAUAUUAAAAAAGGUAGACGUGAUAUCUGAUUCAAAUGAUGUGAAGCACAAAUAUAACCUUACUAAUUCAGUUACCCCCACACUGCCUGGGACAGAUAGAACAGCUGAUGGUUCGGAGAGUAAAACUUCUUAUGGAAAUGGUAGUCCAAAUAUUUCACCAGAUGUGGAAGCUGCUGUUUUGCUGCAGGAUACAUCGCCUGGAUAUAGUAUUGGUGACAAUGUUCAAAGGAAGAGGGUAUGUUCAGAAAGCAAGGAAGACAGUCACUGUAAACGCUUCAAAACUGCUGAUGAAAACAAAAAAGAGAAUAUUUGUACAGUGCCAGAAAAAGAGGAAAAAAUGUUGGGAAAGGUCAAACACUUGAUUCAAAAGCGUGUGGAUAUUUUAAAUAAUGACGUCUUUAACCAUAAACUGGAAAGUUUAAAUGGAAGAGUUGAUCAAACACAAUGUCGAAAAAAACAUGAAGAAAUAGCUAUUACAUUUCUAAAGAAAGUGUCUAAGCUUGAGAGACGUAUUAAUACUGUGAUAGCAUUUCAGAAGAAAAUAUUAUCGAAAAUGGUCACUAGUAAGGCAAAUCUUCCAGGUGCAAACUCGCAAAAUGCGAUACUUAAUCGAACCAAAUCUGUUCCACCACUUCCUGAUAACAUAAAUGGACAACAACAUUUAUCAUCAUCCCAUAGACAAACUGGUUCCACUUCUGAAUGUGUUGCAGAAGAGAAUGUAAGCUCUGAUGAAGUUAUACUGAUUUCUGUGGAAAGCAGAAAUUCAACAACAGUAACAACUGCAAACAAUUCAGAUAUUCAAAAAAAAUUAGUUUCUACACAAGCAGAAAUUUCCACUAAAGCUCAAUCCAAAAACAAGUGUACUGAAGAAAAAACAAAAUCUGCAGUGAUUGAUCUAACAGAAGAAGAAAAGCACAAUUUUGAUAAAGGUCAAGACCUGGAUGGGAGAACUCAAGGUGCUGCAGGAAAUAGUAUUAGUGGCUGGCUUGGUAAGUUAAAAGAAGACCAAAAUUCUGUGUCAAACAAAAGUAAUUCAAAGAAAGCAAGCCCCAAAUCAAAUCGCUUUGCGCCACCAGCACAAGCAUCACAUCAGGUUCUUGAACAGUUUCCACAUCUUCCUCUGCUACCAAGGAUACCUCCAUACCCAGAACUCAAGGAUGGAUUCAGAGACACUGUGCCACCUCAGAAGCCUGAACUAAAACUGGCUCAGGUGCAAAAUCCAAAAGGUAUUGCACUCUCAUGGACUGUUACAGAGAUUGAUCCCAAGUGCGCUCCUGUAGAGAGCUAUCACUUGUUCAUAUACCAUGAACACUCCAAUAACAGUACUGCACCACACUGGAAGAAAAUAGGAGAAAUAAAGGCUUUGCCCCUACCAAUGGCUUGUUCUUUAUCACAAUUUACAGCCUCCAAGAAGUACUACUUUACUAUACAAUCAAAAGAUGUAUGUGGACGUUAUGGACCGUUUUGUGAUAUACAAUCAAUUACUUUAAUUUCUCUGGAAAACUCAUAAGCUACCUCAAUAACUGUUACACGGUUGUUUCAGUUUGAAAUAUUUUAUUUUUACUUGUAAACAAUCCAGAGCCAA